UUCAAACCUAAAAGUAUUGGUGAGAAAAUAUCCAUUAUCUUGAAAAUAUUGCAAUAGGUAACAUUUCACUUAAAGUUCAAUAAAAGAUGUUGUGAUGAUACUUUUUUAAAUAGAGAAACAAAAUUAUGAAUGAAACAAAUAUAAGCAAAAGAAUUUUUAAUAUCUUAACUAACAACCCAUUUAUGAUAUUAUGGUGUGGAGCAAAAGUUCUAUAUAAUCCUCAAAAUCUUUGUUCACUUGCCAUAGAAAUUCAUAAUGGAUCAUCACUUGGUCUCAUUCUUAGCUCUUUUUCUCAGUUCACUCAGUUUCAUCCUUUUUGUUUCACAGUUUCUAAAAGUGAGAAACAGAUCCAAAAACUCAGUGAAAACAUUGAAGCUUCCCCCAGGGCCAUGGAAGCUACCUGUCAUUGGAAGCUUACACCACUUAGUUGGCUCACUACCACAUCAUCGGUUGAGAGAACUUGCUAAAAAACAUGGUCCUCUCAUGCACCUACAACUUGGUGAGUCAUCAACCGUUGUGGUUUCUUCUCCAGAAGUGGCUAAAGAUGUCCUGAAAACCUAUGAUGCCAUCUUUUCUCAAAGGCCCCAUCAAAUUGCCGCAGACAUCAUGUGUUAUGGUUCCACUGACAUUGCCACUGCACCAUAUGGGGGGUAUUGGAAGCAGCUAAGAAGAAUAUGCUCACAAGAGCUUCUAAGCAACGCACGUGUGAGGUCCUUUCGAUCAAUAAGAGAAGCAGAAGUAAUGAAUUUAGUAAGAUAUAUUCAGACCAACACUGGUUCUUGUGUGAACCUUAGUGAGAAAAUAACAUACAUGACAAGUGUCAUCAUUGCAAGGACGGCUUUUGGUGAAAAAUGUAAGGAUCAACAAGAGUUCAUUUCCCUUAUCAAGAAACUUCUAAAAUUGCUCGAACGUUUAGCUAUUUUAGAUUUGUUCCCUUCUCACAAUUGGCUUCAUGUGAUUAGUGGGGAGAAACCUAGAUUGGAGAAGUUUCACAAAAAAUAUGAUGUAAUAAUGGGAAACAUCAUUACAGAGACAGAAAAUAUUAUUGGUGAAGAAGAGGUCAAUAGUCUCCUUUCAGUUCUUCUAAAUUUGAAAAAGCAAGGUGGCCUCGAAUAUCCUUUGACAAUCGAUAACAUCAAGGCUGUAAUGUUGGACAUGUUUGCGGCUGGAACUGAUACAUCAUCUGUAGUUAUAGAAUGGGCCAUGUCAGAGAUGUUGGAAAACCCAAAAGUAAUGAACACAGCUCAGGAAGAAGUUAGAAGAGUUUUUGGUAGUAAAGGAUACAUGAAUGAAGAAUCAUUUGAAGAACUCAAAUAUCUGAAAGCAGUGAUCAAAGAAACCCUAAGAUUGCACCCUCCCGGCCCUCUUCUUCUUCCAAGGGAAUGUAGAGAAACUUGUGAGGUAAAAGGGUAUACAAUACCUGCUGGAACCAGAGUGAUAGUAAAUGCAUGGGCAAUUGGAAGAGACCCUGAUUAUUGGAAUGAUCCAGAGAAGUUUUAUCCUGAGAGAUUCAUGAACAGUCCGAUCGAUUAUAAAGGGUCCCAUCAUGAAUUGAUACCCUUUGGUGCUGGAAGGAGAAUGUGUGCUGGCAUGUCUUUUGGGAUAAAUAUGAUUGAACUUUGUCUUGCACAACUACUUUACUAUUUUAAUUGGGAACUUCCAAAUGGAAACAGGAAAAACUUGGAAAUGACUGAAGCUUUGGAAGGAGCCUUCUCAAGAAGACAAACGGAUUUAGUCUUAGUUCCCAUUUCUUACAAUCCUCUUCCUAUUUCAUCAAACCUUCAUUGAAGUGUUUAUCACGUUUCACCAUUAUCCUUGUUCUUUCUUUUCUGUUACUUAUUGAGAAUCUUAUGAUUCUGACAGUAAUUUUGUUUCGUGUUCUGUUUCUGUUUUUCUUGUUUCCCUUUGUAACUCUAUUAAUAGAGUCUUCCCUUCCCCUUUCAGUUUUUAAGAAACAAUAUGAUUUUUCAUCAUUGAUAGAAAAUAAGAAAAGGUGAAGUUUUUCUUACCUCUNU